UUUGUGUCUUCUUGUGGGUUUUCGGGUUCCUGGCGGCUCCCACGGGUGCAUUACAGGCUUUAUAUUCAGCCAUGGACUUCAGAAAGCCCUUCAAACUGAGCAUUCGCGCUCGAUCUCUAAAUGGAUCUAUGCGUCACCAUCAAAGGGGUCUCGUUCCUCCUGCAGGCGGGUCUGGGGAUCCUGGCCAACGCUCUGGUCCUGCUGGCCUACGUCCACAUCAUGCUGACCGACGCUCAGCUGCAGCCCGUGGACUCGAUCCUGUGCCACCUGGCCUUCGCCGACCUGCUGCUGCUCCUGACUCGCUGCGUCCCGCAGACCAUGACCGUCUUCGGCAUGAAGAACCUGCUGGACGACGCCGGCUGCAAGGCGGUCAUCUACACCUACCGCAUCGCCCGAGCGCUGUCCGUCUGCAUCACCUGCAUGCUGAGCGUCUUCCAGGCAGUGACCGUCGCGCCGGCGGCCGGGCCGCUCCUGUCGGGCUUGAAGAUCCGGCUCCCGCGGCUGGUCGUCCCCACUUUCGCCGUGCUGUGGUUCGUCAACAUGGCCGUCUGCAUAGCUGCCCCGUUCUUCUCCGUCGCCCCUCGCAACGGCACCGUCCCGCCGUUCACCCUCAACCUGGGCUUCUGCCACGUGGACUUCCGGGAUAACCUGUCCUACGUGAUUAACGGGGUGGCCGUGUCGGUGCGCGACUUUGCGUUCGUGGGCGUGAUGCUGGGCUCCAGCGGCUACAUCCUGGUCCUCCUUCACCGGCACGGCAGGAAGGUGCGGGGCAUCCGCCGCUCGCAGGGCGACACGAUGGAAACGCGGGCGGCCAAGACGGUGGUGAUGCUGGUGGUUCUGUACGUGGUGUUUUUCGGCAUCGACAACGUCAUCUGGAUCUACAUGCUGACGGUGCCUCAGGUGCCCCCGGUGGUGGCCGACAUGAGGGUGUUUUUCUCCUCGUGCUACGCCUCGCUCAGCCCGUUCCUCAUCAUCUCGUCUAACAAGAAGGUCAAAGCGAGGAUGGUGUGUGCGACCUCGUCGGACCAGGAGCGGCAAGCAGAGGAUAGCAAGGACCCAAAAGCUGCCAAAAACUGA